AUGAGCUCUGUAUCCCCGACGUCAGAUUCUGCCUUGGCUUCAAAGUACUGUGACAGCCCUUCGAGCAAUGGAUCAGCCUAUUCAAGCAUACUGGAUCGUCUUGGUAAAGAGGAAAGUCUUCCCUCAUACGCUAAGUUUAUUAUUGGUGUUUUGAUUGAGACUAAAGAGGAAAUCUCUGAACUGAAUCGUCGUUGCAAUGCUAUUCUUCUGGAGAAUAAAGUUCUCAAAGAGGAAAAUGAUUCCCUGAAGUCUCAACUUGGGAAAUUGCUGUCAUCUUUCAAAGUCAUUGAUUCAAAAGCGGAUCGUUCUGGUCUUAGUCUGCCGCCGGAUGCUGAUAGGAAGCCAUUGGAAAUCGAUUAUGAUCUCAAGCGCUCGAUAGUGGUCGCGGACGUUCCGGAAAGUCAACGGCCUGGUGCCGUGGAUCGUGCUCGUCAUGACCUUCAAUGCGUCUCGACUCUUCUUAACUAUCUAGACGUUGAGUAUUUUCCUUCUCUCGUCUAUCGCAUGGGUGAAGAGAGUAGCUCUCAACCGAGACUUCUUAAAGUAGUGCUUCCUACUGCCCGCUCUCAAAGAGAAGCGGUCAGAAAGGCCCCUCGCCUACGGUUUCUUCCUCAUGGGAAGGUUUACAUCCGCUCUUUCCUGACAAGAGAGGAAAGAAUGCGUAGGCGAGAGGCGCGUAAGGUAGGGUCUGUCUGUCUUAAUGAUUCUAUGGCUCAUCAAACCCAACGUAUUGAUUCAACAGAUAGAUGCUGUAAUGUUGAUACUGAAACUGCUCUUGAAUCCACACCGCAGGGAAACCUCUGA